AUGAAGCUAGCAUUAAACUUCUUUGUCUAUCCUUCCGAACCUUCUUGGAGUUUCUCUUAGGCUAACCACAGUUCAGCAGAGCGCUUCCUGUUGCUGGGUUUCACCGACUGGCCCUUACUGCAACCGGUCCUCUUCGCGCUGGUCCUUCUUUGCUACCUACUAACGCUGACCGGCAACGCGGCGUUGGUGAUGCUGGCCAUUCGCGACCCUCGCCUACACACACCCAUGUACUACUUCCUCUGUCACUUGGCCUUGGUGGAUGUUGGCUUCACCACCAGUGUGGUACCGCCGCUGCUGGCCAGCCUGUGCGGCCCGGUGCUGCAGGUACCUCGGGGCGGGUGCAUGGCGCAGCUGUGCGCAUCUCUGGCCCUGGGCUCCGCAGAGUGCGUGCUGCUGGCGGUUAUGGCGCUAGAUCGCGCCGCUGCGGUAUGUCGCCCUCUGCGCUACGCCGCUCUUGCCUCACCACGCUUGUGCCGCGCUCUGGCCAGCGCCUCCUGGCUUGGUGGUCUGGCCAAUUCAGCUGCGCAGACCGCCUUGCUGGCCGCGCGUCCGCUGUGCGCGGCCCGCCGUCUGGACCACUUCAUUUGUGAACUGCCCGCGCUGCUACAGCUAGCCUGCCGCGGUGGCCGCAGCGCCACCGAGCGCCAGAUGUUCGCCGCGCGGGUGGUCAUCCUGUUGGUGCCUUCUGCGGUAAUCCUAGCCUCCUACACCGCAGUGGGCCGCGCGGUCUGGGGUAUGCACUCCCGCGCAGGCCGUCGAAAAGCGGCGAGCACCUGUGGCUCUCACUUGACUGCUGUCUGCCUAUUCUAUGGCUCCGCCACCUACACCUACCUGCAACCCACACAUAGUUACAACCAGGGCCGUGGCAAGUUCGUCUCGCUCUUCUAUACUGUGGUCACACCCGCGCUCAAUCCCCUCAUCUACACACUGCGGAAUAAGGAGGUGAAGGGGGCAGCCCUGAGGUUCUUGCAGAGUCUGGGGAGGCUGCAGGUCGGACAGUGA